AUGUCCUCAACUGGCAAAUCACGAGGACGUGGUCGAGCUCGACCAAUACAAUCAAAAGACAAUGAUGCACCAGGUGGUUUACAAGAUUAUACAGACACUGAAACAGCAUCAUGUAUUUCCCAAUCAAGUGAAAUAAGUGAUAUGCCACAACAUCCUAGUGAAGUUAUACCUUCUGAUGAGCAAUCUCGAGCCGAAAAACCUCGUCGUGGAAAUCCACCAAAAGUCAUGCCAGGAGCUCCUCGUGGUAGUGGUGUAAAAGGUAUAACAUCUGAAUUUGCAACAAUGCGUCUUGGUUCAAGUAGUGGUCGAUCAAGUUCUCGAUCAAUACCUUAUUCAAAUAUCUCUGAACCUCAACCACAAGCAACGGAAAAACAAGGUACGGCUGGUGAUCCAGUUAAUAUCAUAGCAAAUUAUAUAAAAAUAUUAACAAAACCUCAAUGGGAACUUUUUCAAUAUCAUAUUGAAUUUAUACCAAAUGUUGAAAAUAAACGUUUUCGACGAGAAAUAAUUAGUCAACAUCGAACAAAAUUAAAAGAUGUAGCAUUUGAUGGUACAACGAUCUAUACUUUUGAUGAUUUUGGUGAUUCACCAGAAUUUGUUUGUCGUCAUCCAGCAACAUCCGAUGAAGUUAGAGUUGUUCUACGAAAAGUAGCACGAAAUUCACCUGAUUCACCAAUUUUUUUUCAUUUGGCUAAUCUUAUUGUUCGAAAAUUACUUGAAUUAUCAGGCAUGAAAUUAAUCGGUAGAAAUUAUUAUCAAUUUGAUCGUAAAAUUGAUCUUGAUCGAUAUAAAUUAACAUUAUUUCCAGGUUUUAUGACAAAUGUUAAUAUUUAUGAAGGAUCUUUGAUGGUCAAUGUAGAUUUAUCUCAUAAGGUGUUAAAUAAAACUACUGUAUAUCAACGUUUACAAGAUAUAUUUAGCCAAUAUCAAGAUGUAAAACAUGCUCAAGAUACUGCUACCAAAGAGUUAGUCGGUCAGAUUGUGCUUACAACAUACAAUUCGAAAACGUAUAAAAUAGAUGAAAUAGCAUGGGAACGUGCUCCAUCACAAACAUUUCCAAUGCGUGAUGGUACACAAUGUUCAUUUAUUCAAUAUUAUGAAGAUAAAUAUCAAUUAAAAAUAAUCGAUCCUGGACAACCACUUUUAGUUAGUAAACCAUCAAAAAAAGAUCGUCGAGCUGGCGUCAAUGCACCAUUUUUACUUGUACCUGAAUUAUGUUGUGUUACUGGUAUUAGUGAUGUAAUGCGUUCAGAUUUUCAUUUUAUGAAAGAAAUUGCAAGCUAUACACACGUUGAUGCUAAUACUCGUUAUAAUCGUCUUCGACAAUUUGUAACUGAUAUUCAUCAAAAUUAUGAAUGUCAAGAUGAAUUAGCUAAAUGGAAUUUGAAACUUGACACUGAUCUAGUCAAAUUUGAAGCACGAAUUCUUGAGGCUGAACAUAUAUUAUAUUUCGAUCAUUCAGUGAGAUAUAACUAUAACGAGGCCGAUUGGAGUCGUGAUGGUCGUAAUAUGCGUCAUAUAAGUGCUAAAUCUCUAAAUAAUUGGAUUGUAGUAUUUCCAGGACGAGAUGAACAAAUUUCAUUAGGACUUAUUGAUGCAUUGAUGCACGUUUGUCAACCAUUUGGUAUGCAUGUUGAAUAUCCUUUUAUACAACAAUUAGUAAAUGAUCGACCUGAAUCUUAUCUUCAAGCAUUAAAAGAUUUUAUACCUCGUAAUACAGACCUUGUCUUGUGUGUAUUAUCCAAUAAUCGAAAAGAUCGUUAUGAUGCAUUAAAAAAAUUUUUAUGUCUUGAUAAUCCUGUACCAUCACAAAUGGUUCUUACAAAAACAUUAGCACGCCGUAAUCAAUUAAUGUCUGUUGCAACAAAAAUUGGUAUACAAAUAAAUGCUAAAUUAGGUGGUGAAGUAUGGGGUGUACAAAUUCCAACAAAAACUUUAAUGGUUAUUGGAAUGGAUUCAUAUCAUGAUUCAAAACGUCGCGGUGCAUCUGUAGGUGCAUUUGUUGCAUCAACAAAUCCAACAUUAACAAAAUUCUAUUCACGUGUUAUUUAUCAACGUACAGCACAAGAACUUAUGGAUGGUUUAGCUGUUUGUAUGAAAGAUGCAUUAAAAGAAUAUUAUCAAAAUAAUAAUUGUUUACCAGAAAAGAUUGUUCUUUAUCGAGAUGGUGUUAGUGAUGGUCAAUUAGCAGUUGUUGCUGAACAUGAAUUACCACAAAUAAUUGAAACAUUUCCAAAGAUAAUGUCUGGUUAUGAACCAAAACUAGCUGUUAUUAUUGUAAAAAAACGUGGUAAUGCUCGAUUUUUUCAACAAGAAGGUCGUAAUAUACAAAAUCCUCAACCAGGAACUAUCAUUGAUCAUACUGUUACAAGUGCUGAAUGGUAUGAUUUUUAUUUAAUCUCACAAUGUGCUCGACAAGGAACAGUUGCACCAACACAUUAUAAUGUUAUUUGGGAUCGAACAAAUUUUAAAGUUGAUCAUAUGCAACGGUUAACAUAUAAAUUAUGUCAUUUGUAUUACAAUUGGCCAGGAACAAUUCGAGUACCAGCUGUUUGUCAAUAUGCUCAUAAAUUAGCAUUUUUAGUUGGUCAAAGUCUUCAUCAAGAUUUUAGUGUGAAUCUAGCAAAUAAACUUUUUUAUUUGAUAAUUCGUUGGACAAUUAAUUCACAGAAAUGUUCAUUUAUUACUGUGAGAUCAUGUUUAGGAAGUCUUGAACAAAUACGUUGGCAAACAACUGAUGUUCCACCGAAAGAAGAACCAUCAGUUGAUGUUAGUACAAAAGUAACACCAAUGAAAAAAAGUAAUCUGAUGGAAUUUUUUGAUACAACAGAUAAUUUACAUGAAUCAAAAAUUAUUCAUGGGCGUUGGUGGUAUGUAGAUGAAUUACGUUUAAAAAGUAAUGAAGACUUACAUAAAUUAUGGUAUGUUCUAUUGAAAGAACGUAAUCGUUUAUUAACUAUGGAAGAAGAAUAUCGAUAUCAACAUGAAUUAUUUCCUAGUCCAGAACGCAUUGAUAAAGUUGAAGAAAGUAUGCGUAAUAUAAUGUCGGUUAUACGAGAACGUGAUAUUGCUUAUAAUUUAUUAGAAACAGGUAAAACUGGUGAACAAACUCCUCAAAUACGUGACACAAGUUUUGGUCUUUUACGAUAUUAUCAACCAAAGGAACGUAUAUUACCUUUUUAUAAAAAUCGUUAUUAUCAAUUAUUAUGGGGUAAACGUAAACCAUCUCCAUGGACAAAUAUAUUUAAACGACGUUAUAAUGAAUUUCAAGAACAUCAAGAAUAUCGAGAAACAAAUCGUAUUAGGAAAAUUGUUGCUAAGGUUUUACAAAAAUAUCCACAUUUACGUGAUGAAGAAGAACGUGUUUUAGAAGAAUAUAAAAAACGUUAUGAUUUUGAACAUUAUCAUAUACCAAGACGAUUAGCACAACGACCAAAAUUACGUGGUCAUCAAACUGUAUGGAGUGAACAAGAAUUUAUUGAAAAGGGCAUAUUAGAUGAUCCAAAUAGUGAAGAUUUUGAACGUUUACAACAAGAAAAAGUUGUUCGAAUGCGAAGAAAGAAAAAAUAA